ACGCGGUGUGUGUGCAUGCGCGCGCGCGCUCGCUGCGGGGGCAAAACUGCUGAAGUGAGUUGUGAGUGGCGCGCGCUAAUUGGCCGAGGGCGGGAGCGCGCGCGCACUGAGCGCUCUUUAUCCUCCUGUUCCCAAAAGACGCGGCGCGCGCUUCAACGCCAGGUACAGCGCACGAAACCACUGACUCGAUCGCUUCCAGGAGUUUUCUUUUUUUUUGCCCCCCACACACACACAUCUACAGCCACGGCCUGCAGUGCGGCUCCACAGACCACCAUGAGUUACUAUAUGGAUCCGGUUUCUUCUUACCAGCUUCAUCAUCCAGCUGACCAUCUGGGUGUGAUGAGACAGACUGGCGGGAUGGCGGUGUCUAUGGUAACGCCGAGUCAACUCCCCGGGGUGUGCCACCCCCAGCAUGCACCUCCUGCUAGGGCUGCAUAUGCCCAUAACAUCACGCUGCAGGAAGUACCCAAUGGCCCAGAAUUCUGCCCCAAUGAUCUGGAAUGUGGAGAUGUUCCUCUGCUGACUCCAGGGAGCAAAGAGAUGAUGUCGCAGGCUCUGAAAGCCACCUUCAGUGGUUUCACCAAGGAGCAGCAAAGACUGGGCAUCCCUAAAGACCCUCGGCAGUGGACAGAAGGUCACGUGAGAGAAUGGCUUUUGUGGACAGUGAACGAGUUCAGCCUGAAGAACGUGGACUUCCACAAGUUCUGCAUGAACGGAGCCAGCCUUUGUGCACUGGGCAAGGAUCGCUUUCUAGACCUGGCGCCUGACUUUGUAGGGGACAUCCUGUGGGAGCACUUAGAGAUGCUGCAGAAAGAAGAUCCAAAGCAUUUCCCUGUCAACGGCAUCAGCUCAGGUUUCCAGGAAUCUCGCUAUACCUCAGACUACUUUGUCAGUUACGGCAUCGAGCACGCUCAGUGCGUUCCGCCGUCGGAGUACUCGGAGCCGGGCUUCAUCACCGAGUCGUACCACACCCUUCAUCCCAUCAGCUCCGAAGACCUGCUGUCACUCAAGUACGAGAACGAAUACACCAACGUCAUUCUGCGCGACACGCCACUCAACCCACUUCAGGGUGACUACUUCCCCAUCAAACAGGAAGUCUCACCUGACAACAUGUGCGUGGGUCGGAUCAGCAGAGGUAAACUAGGAGGCCAGGAUUCGUUCGAGAGCACCGAGAGCUUUGAGAGCUGUGACCGUCUGACGCAGUCCUGGAGCAGUCAGUCAUCGUUUAACAGCCUGCAGCGCGUCCCCUCCUACGACAGCUUUGACUCAGAGGACUAUCCCACAGCUCUGCACGGUCACAAGCCCAAAGGCACGUUUAAAGAUUACGUCCGCGAGCGCUCCGACCUCAGCAAGGACAAACCGGUCAUCCCAGCUGCUGCCCUCGCCGGCUACACGGGUAGUGGACCCAUUCAGCUGUGGCAGUUUUUGCUGGAGCUCCUUACAGACAAGUCGUGCCAGUCGUUCAUCAGCUGGACAGGAGAUGGCUGGGAGUUCAAACUCUCCGACCCCGACGAGGUGGCACGGAGAUGGGGCAAGAGAAAGAACAAGCCCAAGAUGAAUUACGAAAAGCUGAGCCGUGGCCUGCGCUACUACUACGACAAGAACAUCAUCCACAAGACAUCAGGCAAGCGUUAUGUCUACCGCUUCGUGUGCGACUUAAAGAGCCUUCUGGGAUACACACCCGAGGAGCUGCACACCAUGCUGGACGUCAAACCCGAUACGGACGAGUGAAAUACCAGUCCGGGAGUACCGGGGCCGAGAGACUUUCCUACCUUUUCCUCACAACAGUGGGUGUUUAAUUUGGGUCCAACGAUAAACAAGUCCUGUCUUCAUACCUAGUCAUGGUUCCAGUCUUGUUUUUGAGCUCAUGACUGCAGCUAUUGCAAAAAAAAAAAAAGGGACCCAUUCCAAACCGUACCAAAGUUCAUAGUCUGUAGCGUGUAUCAUAAUUCAGCUCUGAAGGGAAAACUGAGUUUCCAGCAGAGCCGCCAUUUUGACCCAGCAGCACCUAAAAAACAGACUGCUAGAGAGGGGUGGGACUAGGAAAGAACGAAGGACUCGUUCCUAACGUGGACAUUGUAUGGAUGGAAAGUUCCGUAAAAAUAUGUUGCCAAAGUUACAGAAAAAUGGAACUUUACAGAAAUACAUAAAUAUUUACUAUUAAGUUACUGUUGCUGUUGUGGCCCUCAGAAGGACCGCACGAAAAUGGUUAAAGUAUUUUAUUUUUAUUAUUAUUUUUUCUCAGAUAUGUUUGUGCCAGUAUUACUUUUUUUUUUUUUUUUUUUUAUCUGUAAAUGAAGGAUUGAUAAUGCCAAAAUGUUUUUUUUUCUUUCUUCCCUGUGUGUUUAAAGUCAGAGACUCGUCACACACAAGUCGCAUAACUGAAAACUCAGCAGGCGAGACCAGACUGCUAUUUUACUCAUGCAGUUCAGUUAAAAGAAAAAAGCCUCUCACUCAAACCGAGAACGGGUGAGAGACGCGACCGAAAGUAGCCGUUUUUCUGCUCGAGGGCGGCAAGCUCUGAACACACACCCGCCCUCGGCUUAUAGGCAAGAGUGUUUCGCUUUUAAGCGAGCACAACUUAGGCAGCUGUUAAACACGGCCCGUCUCAGAUCUCCUUUUUCUAAUCUCUAACGUUCAGACAAAGGACUUCAAGCGUCUCUUGCCUUAGUUUUAUGUCUAUGUUACCGCUUGUGUCACUCGCCCUCAUGUCUUGUUUUGUCUACGCCGUCUUUUCAGAGCACAUGUGAUGUAAACACGUCUGUAAUCGUCCUGUCUGUCACGAGACAGAGUGAAGGGUGUGUAAGUGGAGCACAAUAGAAAUGUCAUUUAACUGAUCUUGUCCUCUUUUGAUGAUUGAUAGCAGGAAACAGGCUUCCUGAUGACCAGAUGUAUGUCCUUGUGGAUCUUCUUGUACUUAGGAGAAAUAGCUGAAUGUAAUCGAGAUCUUGAUAGAGACCCUGAGCUUGACGCAGGAAUUAUUGAUCACUGAAGUGAAGGUUGUGGGAGUGAUUAGAGCUUGGGAUUGGUGUAGGAUGAUGUUGGCUUAAGAAAGUAGGGGAGUAACAUUUCAGAUGGCUUCCAGAUCGACGUGGACGCGUUAUGUUUAAGAAAAUGGUCUGUGAUGCUACUGCAGUUUUAAACCGGUACCAUUAACUCAUCUGAACCAUUAAUAUAUUUCUAUAUAUAAGCAAAUAUAUAACACGUAGAUGCUGAAUUGAUUUCAGUAAGGAAUAAAACACAACAGAGCAUACUGAUAAAUAAUAAAUGUUGGGGUGGUGCAACGCACAGCAUUAUAUUUCCAACGUCCUGAAGUGUUUUUAUCUCUCUUAUAACCCACCGAUUCGCCAGUAAUCGCAAUCCUGUUCAUUUUUGUCCAUUUAUAGUUACUUUUAACGUCGGAGAAGAUCAGAUGAGAACAAAUGAGUUCUGUUAAGAUUUUUAUUUACGCUAUAGCAGCUAGAAUCAUUCCCUCACCAGCCUCGCUCUCAUUUUUCACUCAGAAAAAAAUGUUUAGAAAAAUCAAAAAGCACAAAGAUUUCUUAUUUCUAAGACUUCCUCUAGCCAGAAAAAAAAAAAAAAAAAAGCCCUGACUGUUAAAGCGCUAACACUGGAGACUCCUUCCAUAAAUGUUAACAAAAUGAAUAAUAUCUGUAUGGAAAAGGUCAGCUUAUCAUGUUUUAAAUCUUCAUCCUUUGUGUAGGAAAUACAAGUCUCUGUGUGUAGAAAAACGACGCCGUAUUAGAAAGAUAAAGCUAUAAAGCUCGCAGCUGGAACUGCUGUCAGAGUUGCUGUUCCAGAACAGAAAUCAACGCCUUCUGAGCAAUCUGAAGCGAAAAUUCAACAGCGUUGGAGUUGAAUUCCUUCUUUAAGCCUGUUGCUAGCGGUGUGACUCUGGAUCCUGUUGCCUUUUUCAGUCGAGGUUUGUGUUCCACGGAACGCACGGGCCUUGCGGGGAAAACAAAAAAAGUUGAGGUCGCAUCUACACAAUGUUAUUGUUUACAAUGGUUUGCUUGCUGCCUCGAUGGGGGGGGGGUUCAUUUUUAGGAAUUGUCUAUUUGUACAGAUUGUGUUUCAAAACGCUUUAUUACAUAAGCCAGAAUGAACAAAUCAAGCCAGUGUUAAAGCAGUAAUAACACUGAAAUAACACCCGUGUGAGGUCCCGGAGCUGAAGGAUUUGAUGAUGAUCCACAUUGUUGAAGGACAAAACCCACAUUCCUGUCGUCUUUAUAUCCGCUUCAAACGAAUCUUGCUUUUAUUACGGAAUAAAUCGGGGAGACUCAGUUGCAUAGCUCAAUUAAAAUUCACAUGGUGGGUUGAUGAGAUGUGAUUUCUGGAUCUAUAAUGAAAAUGGGAUGGAUGUGGAUAUGGUUCAUGUAUGUGGUUUAAGAUAAAGAGUUUUUACAUGUUGUAUUCUUACUCGUUUCCUUAACUCAUGCAUCGUAAUGUCCGAAAACGACGACACACGGUAUUAUGUUUUAUACUGUCUUUUUAUUUUUAUUUUUUUUGCGCUUAACAAAUGAAGCCCAUUAGAUAUUGUCUUAAAUGUCAGAUAUAUUCUUUCUAAAAAAAAAACAAAAAAACAAAACAAAACGAAAAUGGUGGACAAGGCGACAUCAAGAGCAAAUAUUUCGAGUCACAAAACCAUUAAUGAGGAAUAGUGUUUUUUUUUUUUUUUUAUUAUUCUGUUGUUCUUCUUUUGUACAUUUUAUAGUGUUUCUGUAUUUUUUAUUUUUUUUAUUUUUUUUUUUUGUUCAAUGAAAAUUUUAAUGUAUUUAGUUCAUAAACAUCGGAAUAUUUUUCAAUAAUUUAUAUUUUAUAAACUUUGAAAUAUGAGACGCAGACAGCUGGUGCUUUCAUGGAAAUAAAAUGAGGUAGAGCAGGACCAAAUGUAGCGAUUUCCUUUUGUUUGGUUUUUCUUUUUCUUUUCUUUUCUUUUUUAUACGAGUCAAAGCAGUUGAUAUGGAAUUUAAAGACCUGUCUGCAUAUACAGUUAUAUAGAGAAAAAAAAAAAUAAAUAAA